AUGCAGAGUAAUGUGAAUGCGAGCCUCUCUUCAUUUCUCAAUCAUGGGUAGGAAACCGCAUGUGAUAGUUGUGCCAUACCCAGCACAAGGCCAUGUUGCUCCACUCAUGAAGUUGGCUUACAACUUAGCUGACCAUGGGAUUAAGGUCACGUUUGUUAACACAGAAUCCAUACAUGUAAAACUCAUGUCUGCAAUGUCUGAGAAAUUCAAAGAGGGAAUCCCAAUUUCCCUAGUUUCAGUUCCUGAAGGAUUGGACGGAGAAGAUACUCGAGCAUUCCUGGAGCGUGCACCAAGUUCUAUGCCACUUCUUCUGCAAAAUUUGAUUGAAAACAUAAACGAAUCAAACAUUGAUGACCAAGUAACUCAUGUGAUUGCUGAUGUAACAGCUGAGUGGGCGCUUGAAGCAGCCAAGAAAAUGGGAAUCGAGCUAGCUGCAUUUGUACCCUGUGGAGUAGCAACCUUGGCUUUUGUACUGCAUGCCCAUAGGCUUACUGAGGCUGGAAUCAUAGAUGAUUAUGGAGUUCCAAUGAAAGAUGAGCCUAUCAGCCUGUCAAAUAGUAUUCCUGCCUGGAAAAAAAAUGAACUGGCAUGGAGCUUCCCAGGAAAUCCAGAGUCGGAGAAAUUCUUGUUUCUAAACUCUGUACUCACCGCCACGGAAAAUGUCAAAAUUUCCGAUUGGCUUCUCGUCAACUCAUUUUAUGAACUUGAGCCAUCAGCCUGUGAUUUGAUUCCCAACAUCUUACCCAUAGGUCCAUUGUUUGCAAGUGAUCAUUUGGGAACUUUUGCUGGAAACUUUUGCGCUGAAGAUUCAACUUGCUUAAACUGGCUUGAUCAACAGCCCCCACGCUCAGUCAUCUAUGCUGGGUUUGGCAGCACAAGAGCCUGCGACCAGCAACAAUUUAAUGAACUAGCACUUGGGCUUGAGAUGGUAGGGCAGCCAUUUUUGUGGGUCGUUAGAUCAAAUUUUACAAAUGGAAUCGUGGAAUUCCCUGAUGGGUUCUUAGAGAGAGUUGAAAAACAUGGGAAGAUAGUCGAAUGGGCUCCUCAGGAGAAGGCGUUGGCUCACCCUUCUACUGCAUGUUUCUUUUCUCACUGCGGAUGGAAUUCAAUCCUGGAGGGUAUAAGCCAGGGGGUGCCUUUCCUAUGUUGGCCUUACUUUGCAGAUCAAUUCCAUAACAGAAAUUACAUGUGUGAAACUUGGAAGAUUGGUCUAGAAUUGAUCCCUGAUGAAAAUGGGAUUGUAACUAGGCAUGAAAUCAAGACAAAGUUAGAGAAAUUGCUUUCUGAUAAGGAUAUAGAAGCCAAUUCACUGAAGCUGAAGGAAAUGGCUGGAAAGAGCACUAGUGAAGGUGGAUCUUCUUUCAAUAAUUUGACAAGCUUUAUUGAACAGAUGAAGCAACAGGAUGUUUAGGUUGUGGUUGUUUCUAUGAAAUAAAAUUUGAUAGUAUCUGAUUGAAGUAAAGUUCAAAUUGUGAUAUUAUGAGAAUAAACUUUAAGGUUGUGAUUCA